UCAGGAUUCUUUACCACCUCUGCAAGCAAGAAGGCAGCCCGAUUUGACGCCCGUAGACUCGCCUCCUUCCUUCCCUCUGUCCACACCCGAGGCGGAGGACUUGGCGAUUCCAACCGGCGGCGGCGAGAUGAAGCUUACCGUGAUGACCGCUGACGAGCAGUUUCUCAAUCUCGAUGUCGACCCCGAUGAAUCCGUGGAGAAUUUGAAGGCGCUUCUUGAGGUGGAGACUCAAGUGCCGUUGCAGCAGCAGCUGCUUCAGUUCAAUGGCAAGGAGAUGAGCAAUUCCGAGAAGCUCAGCGCCAUCGGAGUCCAUGAUGGUGACCUUGUGAUGUUGGUUGCCUCCAAUAUUAGGCCAUCUCAGGAUAUUAUGAGGUUAAAUCCUGAUGGAUCGGCAGUAAAUCCUCAAGCUUUCCAACAACAUAUUCGUGGUGAUUCACAACUUAUGGCGCAACUCCUUCAGAAUGAUCCUUCAUUAGCACAAGCCAUCCUUGGAGGUGACAUCACUGAGUUGCAAAACAUCUUGCGGUCGCACCACCAACAAAGACUACAACUGAAACGCAAACAGGAAGAAGAACUUGCCUUAUUGUACGCUGAUCCAUUUGAUGUCGAGGCUCAGAAGAAAAUUGAAGCUGCAAUUCGGCAGAAAGGCAUUGAUGAAAAUUGGGAGGCUGCUAUAGAGCAUAAUCCUGAAGCAUUUGGUCGAGUGGUUAUGCUGUAUGUGGAUAUGGAAGUCAACGGAGUACCUUUGAAGGCCUUUGUUGACAGUGGAGCUCAGUCAACCAUCAUAUCAAAAGACUGUGCUGAACGUUGUGGGUUACUCAGGCUCCUUGAUCAGCGUUACAGAGGAGUUGCUAUUGGAGUUGGUCAAUCAGAGAUACUUGGAAGAAUACAUGUAGCGGCAAUAAAGAUAGGCCAUGCUUUCUAUCCCUGUUCCUUCACAGUAUUGGAUGCUCCUAACAUGGAAUUCCUUUUCGGGCUUGAUAUGCUGCGGAAACAUCAGUGCAUAAUUGACCUAAAGGACAAUGUCCUUAGAGUAGGAGGUGGUGAAGUGUCAGUGCCCUUCUUACAGGAGAAAGACAUCCCUUCACAUAUACGCGAUGGAGAGAAAUCGUCGAACCUAGCAUCUUCUAGUCAAGGAGCAGCUGGAGAAUCGUCAAAGGCACGGGAGAAGACUCCUGAUGUGCCACCGCCAUCCUCUCCUGCAGGAGCCCCAGCUGUGACCCCACAGGGGGGAGAUUUUGAAGCGAAAGUCACAAAGCUCGUGGAACUUGGAUUUGACCGGGCAUCUGUAAUACAAGCACUCAAGUUGUGCAACGGGAACGAGGAUCAGGCAGCUGGGUUCUUGUUUGGUGGUUAAGAGUAUUUAGAGCAGACCUUCUGCUCAACAUUUUCUUGAUUUGAACAUUUACACACACACUGAUCAAUGAGAUGUCAUAUCCUCCAUUUGAGGAACUAAAACUUUGUGUGUGUGGCAAAUGCAGGCUUGGUAGAGGGAUGAUUCGUACUUCUGUCUUUCAGUGAGGGAAAAACAUUUUCUUUCUUUCAGUAUCAUAUACAUUGAUUUUAGACAUUGAGUGCAAACACACUUGAAAA